CCCGAGCAGGAUCGCUGCAGGUGUUGCAGAUUGAAGGCUGCGGUGUGAAAAGGGUAGCCGUAGGGUGGAAAAAAUGGAGUCCAUCACAAUGAUGGGAAGUCCAAAGAGCGUGAAUGAAUCUUUUCUACCGAAUGGGACAACCAGUUUGAAAGAAGAUAAGGCCACCAUUGGUAUAUUGGGGAGCGGAGACUUUGCAAAAUCGUUGACCAUUAGACUUAUCAGAUGCGGCUAUCACGUGGUCGUAGGAAGCCGCGAACCAAAAUGUGCAGCUGACUUCUUCCCGCACGUCGUUGAUGUGACUCAUCAUGAAGAUGCCAUCAUGAAAUCAAACAUCAUAUUUGUAGCAAUACACAGAGAGCACUAUUCCUCCUUAUAUGACUUAAAACAUUUGCUCACUGGAAAGAUUCUAGUGGAUGUCAGCAAUAACAUGCGAGUGGACCAGUAUCCAGAGUCCAACGCCGAGUACCUUGCUUCACUGUUUCCUGACUGCUAUGUCGUGAAGGGAUUUAAUGUGGUAUCCGCCUGGGCACUGCAGUUAGGACCAAAAGAUGCCAGUAGUCAAGUUUAUAUUUGCAGCAAUACCGUCCAGGCUCGUAAUCGGAUUAUGGAACUUGCUCGUCAGAUGAGCUUCAUUCCAAUUGAUAUGGGAACAUUGUCUUCAUCGAGAGAGAUAGAAAACUUACCAUUGCGCCUUUUUACGCCUUGGAAAGGUCCCGUCGUGCUUGCAGUGAGCCUGGCUACUUUCUUCUUUGUGUAUUCCUUUGUAAGAGAUAUCAUUCACCCCUACUUCAAAAACCAGCAGAGUGACUUCUACAAGAUUCCCAUUGAAAUUGUGAACAAGACUUUACCAAUAGUGGCAAUUACCCUCCUCUCUCUCGUAUACUUGGCAGGCCUUCUGGCAGCCGCCUAUCAGCUAUAUUAUGGCACAAAGUACAGGCACUUUCCUCCAUGGCUGGAGAACUGGUUACAAUGUCGGAAACAGCUGGGCUUGCUGAGUUUCUUUUUUGCCGCUGUGCAUGUUGUGUACAGCAUGUGUUUGCCAAUGAGACGCUCGGAGCGUUACUUAUUUCUCAAUAUGGCCUAUCAACAGGUUCAUGCCAAUAUCGAGAAUUCUUGGAACGAGGAAGAAGUAUGGAGAAUCGAAAUGUACAUCUCCUUUGGAAUAAUGAGUCUUGGCUUGCUGUCCUUACUGGCAGUGACUUCAAUCCCAUCGGUCAACAAUGCUUUAAACUGGAGAGAAUUCAGUUUCAUUCAGUCCACCCUUGGAUAUGUUGCUUUGCUCAUAAGCACCUUCCACAUUUUACUUUACGGAUGGAAACGAGCUUUCGAAGAAGAAUAUUACCGUUUCUACACUCCUCCAAACUUCGUUUUGGCUUUGGUCCUUCCAACGAUUGUGAUUCUGGGUAAAAUCAUUUUGCUUUGCCCUUGUGUCAGCAGAAGGCUUAGAAGAAUAAAAAAAGGAUGGGAGAACAGUCACUUCAAGGAGAAAACAAGCAGAUCGGCAGCUCACGUUUCACCUGAAAGGGUCACAGUUAUGUAAUGUGCCAAUUUUACUUUU